UUUCUCCUGCUGCAUUGUGAUCCACGAUCGAUCGAUCGAUCAAUCGAGCGAGCGAGCAUUGAUUUUGUACCAAAAAUUUCAUCUUUCUUUGCUCCCUUCUCCCUCCCUCGAACGCUGUGCCGAUUUCAGGGAGAAAUCUCGGACCAAUGGACGCCGGCGGCGGCGGCAACACCGACGUGUUUGGGUCCUCGACGGCACCGCUCACCUGGCAUGAUUUCCUCGACCGCAUGCGCCACCCUUCUGCUGCCGACUUCGUCAAAUCCAUUAAGAGCUUUAUAGUGUCAUUUUCAAAUAGAGCUCCUGAUCCAGAAAAAGACAGUGCUUCGGUACAAGAAUUUCUUUUGAACAUGGAAGGGGCAUUCAAGGUUCAUAUGCUUUGGGCUGGUAGCUCAGAGGAAGAACUUGAAAGUGCUGGUGAAGGAUUGGAGAAAUAUAUCAUGACAAAAUUAUUCAAUCGUGCGUUUGCAUCACUUCCAGAAGAUGUAAAACAUGAUGAGGAACUUUAUGAAAAGAUUUCUUUAUUACAGCAGUUUGUAACUCCAGAAAAUUUGGACAUAAAACCAAACUUCAGAAACGAAACAUCUUGGUUGCUUGCACAGAAAGAGCUACAGAAGAUUAACAUGUACAAGGCUCCAAGAGAUAAACUUGUUUGUAUUCUCAAUUGCUGUAAAGUCAUAAAUAACCUUUUAAUAAAUGCAUCUAUCGCAUUGAAGGACAAUCCGCCUGGAGCUGAUGACUUUCUCCCAGUUCUCAUUUAUGUCACCUUAAAGGCAAACCCUCCACAGUUAUAUUCAAACUUGCUCUACAUCGAGAGGUAUAGGCGUCGCUCACGACUGGUUUCUGAAUCAGCAUAUUUUUUUACAAAUAUCGUCUCUGCCGAGUCCUUCAUCUGGAACAUUACCGCUGAGUCUCUUUCAAUGGAUGAAAUGGAGUUUCAGAGAAAAAUGGAUUCUGCUAGAGCAUAUCUCUUAGGCCAAUCGACUGACAUAGAAAAUCUCAAAGAUCAAGCCAAUGAGAGUAUUCCUGACCACAAGACCCAGGCAUCUGAAGUUCAAAGGAGUGUUGGUAGCUAUAUGCAAAAGAAUGUGUAUAAUGUCCCCCCAACUCCAAUUGUGAAAGCACCAUCGCUCUCAGACUUAGAGAAUAAAGGAGCUUCGGAGAUUCUGAAGGAUGAUCAACCUAUUAAAUAUUUCCAGGAAUACCCAUUCUUAUUUGCACAACCAGGUGAUUUGACUGUCGAUGAUGUGGAAAACCUACUAAAUUGCUAUAAACAGCUUGUUUUCAAGUACAUUUCUCUUUCUAAAGGAAUGGGCAUCCCCAUUGCAUCUCCAGCUGCGUCAGGCACACAAUCACAAUCAAAAGCAGAUACUGAUAAAGAGUCUGAAGGUGUAAUCGAGGAGGAAACAAGCGCUGAGAAAGUCUGAGAUAAUCCAAAGAUCAAAUGAUAGUUCAAGUGAAAAUUUGUUCUCAGGCAUGGACGAGACAGAGCAAAAGACAACCAUAGAUGAAGCAAUCACUCAAUAUAGUUGUUGAAUGAUGAGAGUUUCAGUUAGUCAUUUUGCUCUACGGCCGAAACUUUCCAUUUGCCCGAGACAGGAGGUGAUGCUGAAGAGUUCAUCAACAGUAUUCACAGCAAAGUUCUCAAAUAUCAAUGUAAAAAUGGGAAGCCUGGCUACAUUAGAGCUGGUCUUCUCCUUCUACCGGCAGUCGGUUGUUAAUUACUAUUGUAUUUUUUGCUGCAGUUUUAGUCUAUAGUUUAAAUUAUGCUACUUUUGUAUUACCCAUGUUGAUAUUUUACAGAUUUGUCAAAAGAAUUUUGUGUGGACUGAUAAAAUAUGCUUAAUUUUUAUCCUUUCCAGAU